AUGUCCGCAGCUCGAUCUGCGGCACCGCGCUUGCGGCUCCUGCAGUCCGGCGCUCCUUCCAAGCGUCUGCUUCAUGCGUCGACGAGCUAUGCUGCCGCAGCACCGGCCGCAUCGGCUGCGUCGUCAUCGCCGGCCUCGGACGCAGCAGUGAGCAGCGGAUCGUCGUCGACCAAGAUCAUCAGCUCGCUCAUCCUGUCGAGGCCUCCCGUGCUGCUCCGAGAGCCGACCAAGUUCGAGCAGGCGUAUCAUGAGUACAACCGCCAGCUUUCGGAAGCGUUGCAGCAGCCUUUCCCGAAGGACUUUUACUUCAAAAAGGGAUCCGCCGCCGAGAAGCGCUUCGAAGAGGAUCAGGCGAGCUCGCCGCAAGGCUUCUCCGCCAUCGCCGCAGAGGCAUCCAAAGCAUCGUCCAAGUCGGCCAAGGGUGCCAAGUCGAAGGACGCCUCGGCUUCUUCGUCGGCGUCCGCUGCUUCGUCGGCGUCGGCGGCCACUGCCGAUGGCGAAGCGGAAAGCCGUCCGUUGCCAAGAACGACCGAGGCCGACGCCAAGAACGACGUGCGCAGCCUCGAGCGCAAGCUGGAUCGAACACUCUACCUCGUGGUCAAGCAAAAGUCGGGGACAUGGCGCUUCCCUGCCAAGGCGCUCAACGACACCAAACACCAGAACCUACACGACGUUGCGCCUGCCUCGGUCACCGAGAUGCUUGGCAACAAGAUGGACAUCUGGCUCGUUUCGAACCUGCCUGUGGGCCUUUACCGUGCUGCAGAUGCUGCGGCCGAGAAGACCUACUUCCUGCGCGGACAUGUGCUUGCCGGCAAUGCCGAGCUCUCCAAGGGCAAGGGCGACGUCGAGGAGUUCCAGUGGCUCACCAAGGAGGAGAUCAAGCAGCUGAUGGAGGGGGGCAAGAACGCGAGCUACUGGCAGAACGUCGAGGGCCUCCUUGACCCUUAG